GUGAACCCUCCAUCUUCCCUGCCCUGCUGCCCCUCCCUCAUCCUUCACCUCCCUUACCUCAGUGUGGGUAGCUAGACCUUGGUACCUCAGUAUUUGGGUGCCUUGCCCCUGAGCCAGGGACCCUGUCAUGCCCUGGCCUUGCUGUGAUGCCAAGAGAUAGGGGAGGGAGGGCCGGGUGAGCCUGCCUGAGGAUUGCAGUAGCCAAUGAAGGCAGACAAGCUGGAGAAGUGCUCAGCUGGGACAUUCCUUCCUCCCCGGGUGCUCCCAGCCACUCAGGUCAAGGGGAUCAGGAGGCUGGGACGCUGGGACAAAGAACCUUGUGUUGAUGGCUGCUCUUGGUGGGGGAGGGCAUUCUGUGCUGGGCCAUGUGGGACUUGGGAGCCUGUGCCUGGGAGGUCAUUUGCCCUGGAGCCCCAUCUCCCACGCUAGCUGUCCUCAACACAUCCUCUUUCUUUCUGCCUCUGCUCCUGAAUCCACAAGCUUCCCUCGCUACCCUUCUCCCAUCCUUCCCUCUCGCCCUCCAGGGCCUCUGAGUUCCCACGAGCACGUCUGUGGGAAACCAUGGGGCCAGCCUUGCACAAGGUACCUGCCCUUCCCCUCCCUUGCUGGGUCUCCCCAGUCCUGCCAGGCCUGGGAUGUUUAAUUUAGAGGCUACAGUGUUUCCAUGGGGAUUGAUAUUGACAGAACUCACCAGCAGUUGCUGACUUCACACUUCCAUGUGGGUCAGCUGGAGACCUUUGGGGCAUGACCUAGGGAAUAUGAGAGGGGAGUGAGUGGUCCCUGCACCCUUGGCCUUGAUGGUGCCUCCUAGCCUCCCUCCAGUUGAGGUUACAUGGUGGGAGAUGGGAGUGUGGCUGGGGUGGAAGGUUGAGCCUGGCCCUGUGACCCUUGCGUGCUGUAGUUCUAGCUCCAGGCCAGUGAUUCUGAGCCGCCGUAGUCAGAAGCAAGUAAGUUGGAUUCAGGGCCUGGCCUGAGGGAGCUGUGUCCCGGUGCUUGUAAGACUGCCGUUUUCUCAGACAGCCUGUGUCCUGAUGCCAGAAGCGGCAGUGGUUUUAGUCAGAUCCCUGGAGCAAGGACUUGGAAGACGUAGAGGACUCGGGGUGGAGGAAAGCUGGGAUUGUCCGGAGGGCCAUGGCCCAGUUGGGCCAGCAUCCGAGGCGGGCUUAGCAGCCCCCCAGGGCUGGCUCUUCCUCCAUUUGUGUCUGGGGCUGUCUUCCCUAGCCACUUGGCUCCCCAUUUGUCCACCUCACCAUGGUCUUUUCUUUCUCAUACCCUCCCGGGGUGGCUCCACAGGCAGGACUCGGUGGCUGCUUUCUCUUGCUUGGGUUUGAUAAGGGCUAAGCAUGUGAAGCCCAGGGAAGCCUUUUUGGGAUCUGGGUCUCUUUCAAGGGUCAGUCCUGUGCGUCAGCUUUGCAGCCACCUUGGUUAGCCCUAAGGCCGAGCCCACCGCCUGCAGGACACAGCCGUCCUCACUCCCCUCAUCUCUCUCUCUCUCUCUUCUCCCCUCUGCCUUUCUCUCUCCUCCUCCAGACCAGCUCCUCCACUGUGGCUCUGAGUGCCCCGGGGCUGCUGCCCAGCUCUGCUCCAUCCUCAUACUGCUCCCUUCCUCCUUCUCCUCCCCCCAUACCAUCUGGAUUCCUGCCACCCCCCACUAAACCCUCCCCUCGAGGCCAGGACCACACUCCAGAGUUCCCUUGUACUGAGCAGAGUGGACGAGGCCUUCUACCUCCUGUGGCCCCCAGCUGGCUUGAGUUGGCUGGUCUUGGGGUGAUGCCUGAUACCCUAAACUCAAGGUCUCCCUCUGUGGAGGGUUCUUUGUGGGCAGUGGGCACAGAGAGCCAGGGUCGAGAUUGGAGGCACCUGCCGACCCUCACACGUGAGCUAUCUGGGGCUCCCCGCUGCCACACUGUACCCUAUGCUGGGAGCAUAGGUCCCCAAGAGCCCCAGGGGCCACCAGCCAGCCCUUCGUGCCCAGAGGAGGCCUUGGCUGCCACAAGGGAGCAGCCACGGGCUUCAGAGGUAUUCAGGCCUGAGAGAAUGCCCCCCUCUGGAGCUGUUCGAAGCUUCCAGGAAGUAAUAGAGCCAGCUAUAAUGGCAGUGGACCGGCAGGCUGUCUUCCCAGAUACCUGGACUCUCACGGAGGAACGCGGCCUACAGCAGGAGAGGCCAAGGCCAGAGCCAGGGAGGCUGGGAAGCAGCUCCCCUGCCUCAGUUACCAUGGCGCAGCUAGGUGCAAAGAUGACUGAGAGGGGAAGCGUGGCCAGGCCAGCCCAGGGACCUGAAACCCCAAGGAGCCCAGAGGGCACCACCGAAGCUGCCACCCAGGCCGGAAAGGAACAGCCAGAGCUUCCAUGUGCCAUGGCCACAAGCACACCCAGCACCACGGAAAGGAUUUCCACCUCUGGCCAGGCAGGCGCCAGCUCGCAUGGCUGCUGGGCGUGGCCCUUGGCGGGUCUGAGUGUGGGUCACUCCUCGCUAACUGCAUGCAGCCUCCCGCUCUGCACGUGUCUGCUUGGGCAGAAAAUUUGAGACACUGUGACCAGACCACCUGACAGUCAGCACUUGGCGGUGGGCUCUGUGGACCCAGCAUUUCUCAUAGCGUCAACACACCUCUUGCUUUGUUAAGGCUUUUUCCUUUCAGACGAGCUAGCCUUGACAUUCUGAUGUGGUGAAAUGGUUAGAAGCAUGGACUUUGGAACCAGAUAGACCUAGAUCCAAACCACAUCUCUAACACUUGCUACCUCUGUGACCUUGGGCAACCCCCUCCCUCAGCCUCAGUUUUCUCAUCUAUAAAGUGGGGAGUAAAUAGGCCAUUUCCAUCAAGAUUGUCCAGAGACCUAAAUGAGAUAAUUCCUGGAAAGUAUUUAGAACACAGCAUGUGGUCCCUCAAUAGGCCAUGGCUGACAGUAGUUUUAUUACUUGCUUUUUACUUAAUUAAAACUUUAUGCCGGGCUAGGCGUGGUGGCUCAUGCCUGUAAUCCCAGCACUUUGGGAAGCCGAGGCAGGUGGAUGACCUGAGGUCGGGAGUUCGAGACCAACCUGACCAACAUGGAGAAACCCCCGUCUCUAUUAAAAAUACAAAAAAAUUAGCUGGGCAUGGUGGCGCAUGCCUGUAAUCCUA